AUGUCACCUCGUUUGCUGCGGAGCCCAGCAUCAGCAGCAGCAGCAGCAGGCAGCAGGAGUCCUUUGGAGGUCUUGCUGCCAGCAGCAGCAGCAGCAGCAGCAGCAGGCAGCAAGAGCCCCUUCGAGUCCAUGCUCCCAGCAGCAGCAGCAGCAGCAGGCAGCAGGAGUCCUUUGGAGCCUGUGCUGCCAGCAGCAGCAGCAGCAGCAGCAGUAGCAGCACCAAGCAGCAAGAGUCACUUGAAGGCCAUGCUGCCCGCAGCAGCAGCCUCAGCAGCCUCAUGCGCUGCAGCAGCAGCAGCAGCAGCAGAGAGCCUCGGCGCGUCGUCCUACAUCAGUAUCAGCCAAGAAGCAGCAGCAGCAGCAGCAGAAUCGGCAGCAACAGCAACGACGGAAGGAGCAGCAGAAGCAGCCAUAGCAGCAGCAGCAACAAUGGCAGCAGCGGAGGCAGCAGCAGCAGCAGCACCUAAGAGUGUGAACAAUUCCGCUGACAUUGCUGCGGGCCCUGCAUGCACAGCAGCAGACAACACAGCAGCACCAACUGCAGCAGCAGCAGCAACAGCACCAACAACAGCAGCAGCAAGCUUGCGCUCACCCGAGACGCUACCUAUGCCAGCAGCAGCAGCUGCAGCAGCAGCAACAGCAGUGGCAUCUCCAGCAGCCAGUUGUUCCCCGAGUGUGCUGCUUAGCCCCGAAGCUGCAGCACACUGCAGCAGCAGCAGCUGCGGCUCAAGCCCGUUGCUGCUGCCGGCGGCAGCAGCAGCAGCAGCAGAUACAACAGCAGCAGCAGAUACAGCAGCAGCAGCAACAGCAACAGCAACCCCGCUACCUGUACUUAAGAGAGUACAGAUUCUGCCUGUUGACCACCCCCACACGCUGUCUGCUGCUGCUACUGCUGCUGCGCUGCGGCAGCUGCAGCAAAUGGACCCGCGCAUAUAUCCUGGCCGCGUGUUUUAUGCGAAGCUGGGAGCUGCAGCAGCAGCAGACGCAGCAGCAGCAGCAGCAGAUGCAUCAGCAGACACGCCAGUAGGUGCAGCAGCAGCAGCAGCACCUGCAGACAUUGUCACUGUGCUGCCAUUCCUUCCGAGCGCAGACGCUGCUUCUGCCGAAGCAGCAGCAGCAGCAGCAGCAGCAGCAGCAGCAGCAGCAGGGGACACCUAUCUGCCGUAUGUUGUAGCAGCAAGCGAGCCGGCGUCGGGAGGCAGCUGCAGCAGCAGCACGCUGCUGCACUGCAGCAGCAAAGCUAUUGCGAGGCCAGUGCAGCGGCUGCAGCUGCUGGCGCUGCUGCAGCACUCCUUUUGGUCCAUUAAAUCGGGUGUGGGGCGAGACACAAAGGUAAUUGGCAUAAGGCAGCAGCAGCAGCAGCAACAGCAGCAGCAGGGGCUGCUGCUGCUGCAGCAGCCGCUGCUGGACCCCGAGCAGCAGGAGUUUCUGGGAGAGACGUUUUACCUGCCGCCUCCCGACGUGCAGCUGCCGUCUGCCUUCAAACCUCCUGCUGCUGCUGCUGCUGCAGCAGCAGCAGCAGCAAGCAGGGGAGAAAGUGCAGAUCUGCUGCGCCUUGCUGCUUUCGAAACGCCGGCCGAAAGAGCCAGCCAAAUCCAGGCCGAGCAGCAGCAGCGGGAGCAGGAGCAGCAGGAGCAGCAGCAGCAGCAGGAGCAACAGCAGCAGCAGCGGGAACAGCAGCAGGGGCAGCAGGAACAAGAACAGCAGCAGCAGGAGCAGCAACAACCGCAGCAGGAGCAGGAACAACAACAACAACAGCAGCAGCAGCAGCAGCAGCAGGGCGCAGCAAGUGAUGCUGCGGGCGAAUUUCCGGAGCUGUACGCUCGUGCACACGAACCGUCCCUUCUUUUGCCCCACAGCAGCAGCAGCAGCAGCAGCAGCAGCAGCAGCAGCAGGUUGCUUCUGAGCAGCAGCAGCAGCAGGGGAGGCCCGUGGGCGCUGGGGGAUCUGGUACGUAGCCUGCAGGCUGGUGCGGACAGUUUGCUGCAGUGCCUGGGCUCCUUGAGCAGCAGCAGCAGCAGCAGCAGCAGCAGCAAGGCGCUGUUUGUGGACGAGCAGCAGCUGUUUCUCGCGCAUGCAGCCCCGUACCUGCGCAGCGACGCUGUUGUCUUUCCAGGAAAAGUUUUUUCUUCUUUUAAAAUCUUUUUCAUGAUUUCCAAAAUCUUUCCCAACUUCCAAGAAGGGCCUGGAUACUGCACUCUAGACACG